AUUGUGUAUGCUCACAGAGGAUUUUUAAUUAGGCAGCUAUGAAUCUUAUUCACAGCUUUCUUAAUUUAGUCUCUCCACCCUUUACUUUUAUCACCCUUUUCCUUUUACUUCCGCCUUAUCAAGCUCUCAAAUCCUUCCUCUCUUUAUUUUGUGUUCUCUUCACUGAAGAUGUCAAUGGAAAAGUCGUUCUCAUCACCGGCGCUUCCUCCGGUAUCGGCGAGCAUUUGGCGUACGAGUAUGCAAAACGAGGAGCUUGCUUAGUACUUGUAGCAAGACGACAGAAUUUACUUGAAGAAGUUGCAGAUAUCGCUCGGUAUUAUGGAUCACCAAACGUAAUCACCAUUAAAGCAGAUGUUUCCAAGUUUGAAGAUUGCCGACGAGUCAUUAACGAGACAAUGAAUCACUUUAGGAGAUUGGAUCAUUUGGUGAACAAUGCGGCGAUAACCCAUUUGGUGUUGUUUGAAGACAUAGCCGAUAUCACUGCGUUCAAGCAAGUAAUGGAUAUAAAUUACUGGGGAGCAAUAUACUUGACCCAUUUAGCAAUUCCUUAUUUGAGAAUAAGCAGAGGGCAGAUCGUGGCGUUGUCGGCUCCUCCAGCCUGGCUACCGGCGCCGAGAAUGAGUAUCUACAAUUCGAGCAAGGCGGCGAUUAAGAGUAUGUUUGAGACACUGAGAGUGGAGCUGGCACCGGAUAUCGGUGUGACGAUCGUAACUCCGGGUUUCGUUGAAUCGGAAUUGACUCAAGGAAAAGCUUUGAACGCUUUCGGGAAAGUUGAACUUCGUCAGGACAUGAGGGAUGCAUUGAUCGGAAUUGUACCGGUGGAGACGGCGGAGGAAUGCGCUAAGGGGGUGGUGAGAGGGGUAUGCAGAGGAUAUAGGUACGUGACGGAGCCGUCGUGGUACAAAGUGUUGUAUUACUGGAAGGCGUUUUGCCCGGAGUUGGUUGAGUGGUGCUACCGGAUAAUGACGAUGCCGGCGGCGGGAGGUUCGGAAUCCGACGCCCUGAGCAAGCAAACGUUGGAUUAUACGGGUGGGAAGUAUCUGCUGUAUCCGUCUUCGAUUCGAUCUUCGGAGCUGAAGGGCGAUUGAUCAAAUUUCAUGCAUGAAGCAGCAUUUGGUCUUUAUUUUGUGUGUUUUGUGUGUUUUUACUUCUUUGCAAUAUCUCUCAGCUUCCUCUUACUUUUUCUUUCAUAUAUUCAAACACUUUGUUUUGUCUAUGGAAUAAAGAAAUUAUCUGAUUUUAUUUAA